AAUAAGUGUUACAUUUCCGACAGCACAUGAAGGCAGCAUAAUGUAACAAGUGAAAGCGAGAGCGAACCUGUGGGAGGCGGGGUGAGGGGCAUUGGUCGCUGAAUGAUAAGACCAGAAGGGAAGACGGUUCGAUAGAGAGGUGAGUGCUAGUGAUGAUGACGAUGGCGCAUGUAGGGGCAGUAUUUGCAGCAAUAGCAGGAGUAAUGGCCAUCAUUUUGCACUCCUCCAUUCACAAGAUAGAAGAAGGACACCUUGCUGUGUACUACAGGGGUGGGGCAUUGCUGACUUCUCCCAAUGGUCCUGGAUAUCACAUCAUGCUGCCUUUCAUUACCACCUACAGAUCAGUGCAGACUACACUCCAAACUGAUGAGAUCAAGAAUGUGCCUUGUGGCACAAGUGGUGGUGUGAUGAUCUAUUUUGACAGGAUAGAAGUUGUUAACAUGCUGGUCUCUUCAGCAGUGGUGGACAUUGUGAGGAACUACACUGCUGAUUAUGACAAAACUCUAAUUUUCAACAAGAUUCACCACGAACUCAACCAGUUCUGCAGUGUACACACACUACAGGAGGUCUACAUUGAGUUGUUUGACAUUAUAGAUGAGAACCUGAAGACUGCAUUGCAGAAAGAUCUUACUGUUAUGGCACCUGGACUUACAAUACAGGCAGUCCGUGUUACCAAGCCAAAGAUCCCUGAGUCUAUCAGGAGGAACUUUGAACUCAUGGAAGCAGAGAAGACUCGUCUGUUAAUAACAGUUCAGACUCAGAAGGUGGUGGAAAAGGAAGCAGAGACUGAAAGGAAGAAGGCCAUUAUUGAGGCUCAGAAAAUGGCCCAGGUAGCAGAGAUCCAUUUCCAACAGAAGGUGAUGGAGAAAGAGACGGAGAAGAGGAUCUCUGAAAUAGAGGAUUCUGCCUUCCUGGCGAGGGAGAAGGCUAAGGCUGAUGCAGAAUAUUACACUGCUGCCAAGUUUGCUGAAGCAAACAAGUUGAAGUUAACCCCGGAGUACCUGGAGCUGAUGAAGUACCAGGCCAUAGCAGCUAACAGUAAGAUCUACUUUGGCCAGGAGAUCCCUAACAUGUUUGUAGAGGGAAACAAUAGCCCCCCUAAGUCUGUGCACCCUGCUAAUCUGCCCAAUGCUCAAGCAGACUUGCUUAAAGCGGAGGGGCAGUGAGUCCGCUCUGCCUCUGCACAGGACAGGAGAAGCUGAUGAGAACUUGUCUUGUCUGUGAGGUGGAGAGCACUGAACUGAAGAUACUGGGUGGGAAAGCUUUGCAGCUAGUGUGGCGAAUAACACACUGCAGUCUUAAAUCUAAAUGGCAAAGAAUGAGUGGGAACAUUUCAGGACAUACAAAAGUGAGAGCUAGGUAGGCAAGAUAAAAGGGAAUUUUUUUUUUUACCUUCCACUCUUAGCGAGUUUUAGGAAUGAGAAUGAUGACAUAGUUAAAAAUUAAAAGCAUAAUAAAUGCUUAUGCCUGGGAAGGCGACAGCAAGUAGUCGCCCUAAUUUACAUGUGCUUGCAACCAGUGCAGUGUUUAACUUUGCUGUUGGAUCUGCAUUCAUUUUGUUUAUUGUAUGCAAGAGGAGUGAUUUGUGAUGAAAAUUACUGAUUUUUGAGAAUUAAUUUCUGGUUUGGCUGAACUGGAUUCUUGACAGGUGACACUAAUUAAAAGCGGGAUGGUUUGUGUAAGUGUGUAACAUGGGUAGGUCAUCUCUGUGCCAUCUUCUCUUACACUAAAUCACUAGUUGGCUCUUCUCUCUCAACACGAGUCAGUGUGAGGACAGUUUUAAUCACACCUAAUAUCAAAUGCUGCUUGUGGAUGAACUUAAAAUGGUUACGACAGGAUAUAUACAGUUGUUUGAGCAUUAUACGUGUGGUUGUUUUCGGCUGAGUCGUUCAUCACAUGGAGCCCACCUACAUUUCCAGUUGUCUGAAAUCAAACACACAUGAAAAAUGAGCUGUGAAAGAUUUUUUUUAAAUGAUAGCGUUCUAGAAAUAAGUGGCCUGACUUUGUUAAAUUUUUACCUGGGCAUGCAUACAGUUUGAUAUUAUUCUACAGAUACUCAAGUCUUUGAAGUUGGAGGGCUGUCAUCAUGUGUUCAGUUUCUAUAGUAAAUAUACAGUGGUGUCAGAUUGGUAGUAAUGUCAUUUAUCUUCUAUUAGUUUGGUGAUAGUUGCUGUUAUUAGUUGUGGUUGAGAGUGCAGCCACCACAGAAAGACUUGAGAUGCUGUACUAAGACCUGCUGUGGCAUUUACUGUGAAGCCAACUGAGGAAAAGGUUCUACUGGUAAUAGAAAUUCAGAUUUUCUCUUCUAAAAGCUAAUUCAAGUUGAGUAAUAGUUAAAAGUUGAUUAGUAUGUGGAGCGUCACAAUAAAGCAGUUAAAUAAUAGUGCCACUAAGUUGUGAUUUGUAUUCCUUGUCAAGAAGUCCAGUCUUUCUUUCCUCCAUCUGGUUUUGAUGAUCAGGGCCAUGCAUGUGGAAGUUUGUAGUGGCUUGAUUCAGAUUAUUAGUGCCUGCUAUUAUCUGCCAACUGUGUUGUCAUACAGCUUAUUCAGACGUGGUUGGAAUGUAAAUUCUCAGGAGACUAACUUUUAUUUCAGUAAAAUAGCUGCUCGAUGUUGGACAGAGCUUACACUCUUAAAAAGUCAAAAUCAACAAUUGUGCCAGGAAAAAAAAAACAAUUAGCAUGUAUGCUGUAUAUUAAAAUCUGUUAAUUUAAUCUGGUGAUACACGAGUUGGAAAAGUGAAGUUUUGAGACAAGAAAAUAACUAGCCUAUUUGAUUUGAGGAUAAGCAAAGCUCUAAUUUCAAAUGAAAGUCCAUUGCCUAAAAAUACACCACCGUCAACCAGAAUCUGUCUUCUGCAAAUAUUUUUAUUGCACCAUCUAUUUACAAUAGGUGUCUGUGACAUUGAAUAUUAUGAGGAUGUUGGUCUGUCAAAGUAAAAAUAAUAUAAACAAAAGCUCCUUUCCACUGUUAGUGUUAACUUUUUUCUGCAGUUCAAGAAUUGAUGGACUGCAAAGUUUUUCAAUCUUUGCUAAACAAGAUAAUUUCAAGGAUUUUAAAUGGCAACACAAGCAGCACACAGCUCUUAAUUAUGACAGUAACUUGCACUUAGUGAGAAUUUGUUUAACCUCAGUUUUGUGUGACGAUGUGAGUUCCAGUACUACACAAAAACAAGCUUUGUUCUAUUUAAAGAUGAAUGCUGAUAAAGCUUGGGCUUAAACAAGAUGCAAGCUGGUGCUAGAUUUUAUUGUGUGUUUAGGAUUUUGGAUUUUGUUCAGCUCUGUGUUUCAGAAAUAUGGAAAUACUUCCACUAUUCAGAAUUCAAGCCUUAAUAAGAAACUAAAAAGCUUAAACGUGAGACUUCUUAAGAGCUUGGAUGUGCAUACCGUACUGUGCGGCCUCUUCAUAGACUCUGCCUGAGAAAGACAGAACUAGCAGUUGACACUACUAGUGUUUGGAAGAUGUCUUGAUGUUUACUUGACCUCCGAAUGGCAGUUAAAGGCUGCACUCUGAAUUUGCUUUGGUGGUGGGUUCAAAUAAAGAUGCAAAAGAGGAGUAAGAAUCACUCAUGAAAAUAAUUUUUGUCAAUAUUUUGUACAAUCUGUGAAAUUCAGACAUUGUCUCCUUGUUUUAAAAGGUUUAUAUGCAAAAUGUUUUCAAGUUUUGACAAUGUUCUUAUGUAAAAUAAAACCUAUUUUGGUACCUUU